CGCUUUCGUCAUUUCCCACCUGACUGGUCGUGCGGAGGCGUGGGCUACUGCUGAAUGGAGCCGCAAUUCCGCCGCGUGUCAUUCAUGGGCUUUUUUCGUCAAGACUAUGGAGCAAAUUUUUCAAUUUUCCACUCCUGAUCGUGAGGCAGCUCGCUCCCUUGUCACCUUACAACAAGGCAAGCGCAGGGUGUCAGAUUACGCGAUUGAGUUUCGCAUUCUAGCAGCUGAGACUCAUUGGAAUAAUCGGGCGCUACUCGAUGCCUUUUUUCAAGGACUAUCCCCCGCCGUCAAGGAUCAUUUAGUCCCGCUAGACCUGCCACCCAACUUGGACACUCUCAUCGCUCUCGCCCUCAAGAUCGACAGAAGGCUUUUGGAUCGCGAGCUGGAUGGAGAUCGGCGGAGGGAUGCUUCACCGCGCACUUGGAGGACGAGCCUCGGUGACAAGCCAAACCAAGGCAGAUUCCCUGCUGCCAGUCUCAAUCCACUGGCUAGCGUCACCACGGAUGAGCCCAUGCAACGGGGCAGGUUCCGUCUCUCCUCUGAGGAACGUCAACGCCGGCUGAGGGAAGGGCGGUGCUUCUACUGCGGUCAGUUGGGUCAUUCCGUGAGCAACUGUCACGUCAAAGUUGCCGGUGCCGGUAGCCAGGGCACGGGAGAGGUGAGUCUGAAUUUCAUUAAGGAAGACCCUACACGGGUUCUUCCUAAAGUGACACUAUGCUCUCCUGAUUUAUCUCAAGUGCCCACCUGUUAUCAGGAUAUUAAAGAUGUUUUUUCCAAGUCCAAGGCCAAAUCCCUUCCACCCCACAGACCUUAUGACUGUGCUAUUGACUUGCUGCCUGGAACCACACCCCCACGAGGGAGGUUGUUCUCUCUUUCAGGGCCGGAACACAAGGCCAUGAAGGAAUACGUAGAAGAAUCACUGGCAGCCGGGAUCAUUCGCCCAUCUUCAUCCCCUGCGGGAGCAGGAUUUUUCUUCGUGGACAAGAAAGACAAGACCCUGCGACCCUGUAUCGAUUACCGGGGUCUCAAUGAGAUCACGGUAAAAAACAGCAGUUACUGCAGAAUCAACUCUAUGUCAAGGCUUACACGAAGCAUCUCGGUCACCAUUUGCACACUGAUUAGUGAGGAGAGUAUCAUGAAGGUUCUCCGACAGUUUGACACCAGGAUGAACUGGACCAGCGUGAGGGCAUGCUGUGGGACGGAUGCCUCCUAG